AUGUAUUAUUCUCCAAAGAUUUCUGGAAACACUGAGAUGAUGGGCCAAUUCUUCUUUCGUGAUACACCUCCCGGUUCCUGGCCCUUCCUCACAGCACCACACAACUCCAUCACCGUUUCCAGUCCACCAACUCACUCGCAUUCUUCACCGCCAGUUCUCGGCCUCUCUGUUUCCCCAAUCGUAUCCAUCACCUGCGCCAUCUCCGCCGCCGGCGAGGCUGCCCGUGUCGCGGCGAGGGCCUCCGCAGCGUCCAGAUGGCAGUCGCGCGGCCAUCACUACACCCCUGAGGAGGAGCCCAAGUCGUGCUGCGGCGUCGUGGUCACGCAAACGGUGUCCAUCCGCUGGUUCAUCGUGAUGAUCGCUUUCGUCGGCAUCUGCUGCGCCGUCGUCGGCACCGUGCUGGGCGCCAUGAAGGCCUCGGGCCGAGAGCACCUCACCGUCUCCCUGCUCAUGAUCGCUAUGAUGUAUCCAGAAUUUCAAUACAGGCCACCUCCACCUUCAUACCAAGCAUCCAUGCAAGAAUAUCGAUUGAGACUUCUAUUACUUGACAGACAUCCUGGUGGGUCUGUUCCUGGUCCUGGUCAAACAACUGGUGGACAUAUGGUGUCUCCACCUCCUACAUAUCGAUCUCAUGCAGGCAGUACAUUGAGUAGGGCGCCACUUGGGUUAAGAAGAGAUCAGAUGCAGUCAGACUACAGUCGUCCACCAAGUUAUAGGUCUCGUACAAGUUCAACAAGACCAACAUUAGAUCCAAAUGGAAACAUGGGCUGCUCUACCGCUGAACAUAGCAGAGACCCAUCUCUGAGCCUCAGUGAAUCAGGAGGAGGAAGUGCUGUAGUGAAUGUUAUAAGUGUGAUGGGCAACGGAGGGAGUGAAGCUGAAAACCUUGACAAUAUAAAAAUGUUGCCAGAUCAAGAAGUUCCAUUGCGUAUGAUGUUGAACAAAGGCUGUCAUAGUAGUCAUAUGAAUGUCAGAAGUUCAGUGGAUGAAGCAAAGGAUGCAAACCUUGUGACUAUUGUUCAGACUGGAAAUGAUACCAGUCCUGUUAUUGUGACUGUGUCUGGAUCAACAAUGGCAACUACCACUGGAAGUAGUACAAGUGCAAGUGGUGUUGACACCGAAAUGGAAAUUCUGGCUCAUUUAUGAAAACUGUUCA